CCCAGUCAUCGGGGCGGACCGCUUUUACACAGGGAAAAAAACAACCCCGCUCUAGUCAGCAAACAUGUAUGAGUGGCUGUAAUGCGAAGAGGGAUACAAGUCGCAUCAACACAGUCUGUAGGAAACAAGGUAACGGCGAGUUGUCAAGAUACCACCAAUCACAACGGAAAGAGCAUUUGCUGGCGGGAGUUUACCGCUGAGGCGUCGGAUGGACGAUGAGGAGGAGGACAUGUCACGGCCCAUCUCGCAGCUCUGGGGAACGCCCUUUAGGGACGUCAAAUACGAAGACCGCGCCACACAUAUUGCGGCUGGACAGGCCCUCGCUGCAGUCACUGCUGCCGUGCCCACGUUGCAGAGCCACAACAACAACAGCAUCGGCAUUAACACGCUGCCCUGCAGCUUGCACUGGCAGCCUCGCAUACCCUUUCACGGCAACGCUGGAUUACGCUCACAUUUCCCUGCUCAGUUUGAGCCCAUGGAGGACCGGGGAGAGAGGCAGAUUGAAGAGGAGGAGGAAGAGGGCAGAGGGGAGGAAGAUGACAGGAUGGAAGAGAGGCCCGAGGAGCAGGCAGGGGUGAGCGUCGAGGCACAAAUUGGUCGUAAACUUCGGGAGAUCGGAGACAAGUUCCACCAGGAUCACGUUGAACUGUUCGUAAGACAUCAGAGACAAAACCUGCCUGCCUGGAUGCGCCUUACGAUGGCCCUGUUUGGCCUUCUGUUUCCAAGAGAGGCUCUCUUCCCCCGCCUGAGAGGAGAUCAGAGAUGAAGGGGCUUCCUGUUGGCCCUCGCCUCAGCCCUUGUUUCCCCCCACAGGGACAAGACUUUUAAGAGAUGGCACUGUAAGAUGGAACACGGGUUUGGAUUUUGUUUUCUAAUUGAAUACGAAGAUGAGAUGAGGAAAACACUGGUCACCGCUGGACGGAGGCCCAUUACAAUUUUUCUUAAUUUUUUUGUUUUUGUUUUUUCGCCUCUCCAAGAAGAAGCCAUUGCGUUUGAAGAGAUAUUUUCGAAAUAUUUGUAAGAUUACCUAUUUUGUACAGUAAACUACUCUUUUUAUUUGGUAUAAGUCUUGAAGGACCUCCAUCAGUCCAGGGAAUGCCUUAUUCUCUCCUGCCACAGUGCACCUCUUUUGCAUCAAGGAAAUCAUAAAAAAAAAGAAUCAUUUUAAGAUUAGGCCACUUGUUUUGGCAACAAACUGUGGACGUGGACAUUUUUGUGCUGAAGUUACUGAACCUUGAGGACUCUGGGGACAUUUCUAAUUUAUUAUGAGUUAAACAAUAAGCCCUGUACUUAUCCUUUACUGUUCCACACUGGCUAAUUUGAAAAUGGUUGUCAUGACGUUGUGGAGGUGCUACACACUGGUGUUGCACUGUCGGUCAGUUUAGAGGUUUAACCAGCUUCCACUGUAGAUGCAGGGACAUUAUAUCAACCUGUGUCAUCCAUCAGCCUCUCCAUCACCAGUACCACUCAUGCCGUUAUAAGACCCACUGUGUAGAGUCCAAUCCUGUAGAUUUAAAGGAUAAACACAUGUAUGCUUGAAUGUAGGUGUACUGAAGAUAUUUUAGUCGAGUAACUUCAAAACCUGACAUAAUCGUGAUUAUUCUUUGAGUUUGUGAUCAUGUGUAUGUAGGAGUGCGUGCUUACUGUUUCCAAAAUCUGCAGUCAUUUUGAAACCAAAUAAGCACAAGCGAAUCUCCUUUGUGGGAUCACAAUCAGGGAAGUGGAGAACAAUCACACAGCUGAAAAUGUUUUGGAAAAAUUUCAUAAUUUUCUAAAGCUUUUUAGUAUUUCUUUCUCCGGCUGGAUUGACAAUCGCAAUUUUGCCCUUUGCUGCAACGUGCGGGUCGCCUGUGGGAGAGAUGACAUUUAUCGGCAUUUUUAGGGGCAAGCAAUAUUCAAGCCAGUGGAAGGAAGUAAAAUCUUAGGGAUCUGUUGCAUUUGUAAUCAAACUGACGUUUCCCAAAGUAUGGCUGUGUUCUCAAUUAAAUACACCUCUCUACAAAUAUCUUUGUUAGAGGAACAUUUUGGUUUAACGUUACAGAGAUGCAUUUUUAUUUUGUUUCACUCCAGGUGUAAAUGUCUUGAGCACUGAUUCAAUCCCGAUGUGCUGAUACAUGUACAGUAUGCAUCAACCUUUCAUUCAAGUGCUUUCUUUCACCAAACUGCCAGUGGUAUAUUCAGCUUCACUGAGAACUUAGUAAGAACAGUUUCUGUACAUUUAAAAAAAAAAACAUUUUUACUAACACACAGACACAUUUGGGUAUAGGAGGUUUAUACACCCUUUCGUGACAACUGCUAUGUUAGCAUUUUGCAAUGACAAAGCCACUGUUUCUCAAUGUAAGGUUUAUCAAAGAAAAAGUCUUUAAGGACUUUAAAGAAGAUGUUAAAAAUUCCUCAUUUGAUGUAUUAUUUCAGUCUGUUGUAGAUUCAUUAUAUGAACUUUUGAAGACACUGAUGGUUUUUUUUCCUCCUUUUUGUUUUCUUCAGGGAGUAGUUAAGAACCAUGUUAAUUACCUGAUGCUUCUUAUGAGUUGUGUUUGCAAAUAAUCUGCCUUUGAGUGAGGACUCCAUGCAGCUUAGACGACGCUGCACACAAGCAAAGAUAUGUCAUUAGACUUUUUUUAUGUUUUCCAAAGCACAUUCACUCAACAUCAACAUGGAAGUGUGUUACAGAUUUUGUUACAGUUUAUUUUGUUCUGUAACGGCAUGAGUAGCUGAACCAAAAGUUAGUUUCCUGCAAACAUUGAACGCUGAGCCAAUUCAGAUAGUUGUGACACACUCUCUGGUCCUCAGUCCAAAGCUUCACCCUCUGUCGUCAGCUGUCACGUUUAACUACUCCCUGUCCUCAUCGAGAUCAAGUUUCAGUUUGUUUGGUUUCUUUUCAAUAAUUUAUACUUAUUUAUUUUGUGUAUAUUUGCUCAGUGCUACUGUACAGAUGCUAUCUCAGUGUGUACAGUCCUUUUCUUCUCAUUGUUGAUGCGCAUUCAGUUGUGCGUUUGAUGCCUGUGUGUGGGGAGGUUGGACUAAAGCCAUGUGCCUCGUGCGUUCUCACACGAAUGUUGUGAGUCCUCGCAAAUCACAUGAACAACAGACAAUCAAAUGUACAAAAUGUGCCUUGUGAGUAACAGACCUGCCACAUCAUCAUCAACACUUGGCAUAAUUACCCAAAGUCACUGGUCACAGCUCUUGUUUCACUUGGGCUUUGUGAAAACAACAUGCUCUGAUACAAUAGAGUUGGCACAAAGAGUACGGCGUGUUCUUGUGCCUUCAUAAAAAAAGAAAAUCAGUUUCACGAGGCACAGGCUCAACCUUUGACAUCUCUCAGCACGAACAGCGAGUUUCACGACGCAAAACCUAUUUAAUAUCAGUAACGACUGUUUGCAAUCAAUGUGCACUGUAAAAAAACAAAACUAUUUUUUACCUGUAUACUGUAUUUUGCGCCUUUCUCUCUUUCUACUCCCGUGCUGAACUUCCCCUCUAGAAACUCUUUAAGAUCUGUAAUAUGCUGGAUCGGCCUAGCUCGCCUGGGUUUUUGUGCUUUAUUAUCUACAAUCUAGUAGGGCUGUGGGUUUACAUUUGAAGGAGGAAUGAGCCACCAUGGUGCCCAGUAUUAUUUGUAUGUGAGAUGGGUUGAACAGCCACUCAUUCGGUGUGGCGUUGAUCUGUUGUCGUUACCAACCACUGUUGCAACCCAGCCUCAAGUGAAACAUUUGUUAUUCGUUCAACCUUCAGUGUCUUUAAUAUCAAAUUCCUUCGAUCAGUUUUUUGAAUAUCCAAGAAAGAGUGCAUCUUUACUGUCAAGUGCUGUGAUUUGGUGUUUUUUAUACAUUUGACAUGAAUUUGACACAGCUAUUGUUGCUAUCUUUAUAAUACCAUUUAGCAAAAAAAAAAUUCCAUAUCUUUUUGUAAGAAGACAAAGAAAGAACUACAACAACACAACUUUUUUGCUUUUCUAUGAUUGCUUUUUUUUCAAUGUGGCAUUUUUAAUUUUUGAUAUUGCCAAGUCUGCUGUGUCACUCUCAGUUCAAGGGCUUUUUUCCGAUAUAUGUAAAUGGAGUAAAAAUGCAUGUCCAACAUUCCUGGAAAAAUCUGUAUCUUAAGGGUUUGAAUGUAAUUUAAUGGAGUGAAAACCAUGAUGUCUCUUUUAAUACAUGAACUGAACAGUGGAACUUAUUUCAGACUCCUGUGCUGUGUGCGCGGGGAGUUUGUAUUGUCUUCACAUUUCUUUCUUGACGUUCAGAGUGGUCUCAAGGAUUUCACAUUCAUGUGUCCUAAUGAAGUGAGACCCAGUCCAGAUGUAGCAGUUUUUGUUAAAGCAUUGACUGUGUUAUCUUUGGGACUGCUCUGUGUCUACUGCACUGUUUAAACAAACAGCGCAGGACAUGAGGCAAUGGAGGGAACGGAGGAUGACGGGGGAUGUUAUUCUUUUUCUAGUGCAAUAUGCUGUACAUAAGAGCUUGGCUCUCGAAAUCUUACAAUUUCUCCUAAUUUCUUCUGUUGUUAAAUGGGUACAUUGCUGUUUCUUUUUCAUUAAAACUUUAUGAACAUUUGAAA